AUGAAUGAGUACCAGCAACAAGUCUGGGCUCUGUCCAACGCGCUCGCGGGAUUGCUGAGAGACGCUGAAGCUUCCAAGUUUCCCCCGACCUUGCGUCAGAAGACGCGAGAGCUGCAACAGAGCUGUGACAGGCUUCAACACUACAUUGCUACGUCUACCUCGCGCAUUCGGAAGGACGUGGCGGAGUGCAUAGAAGAUCUUGAAGCCAUCCGACCAUCCGCUCAAAACCCUGCCAGGCUACGCAGGAAGUUGAACAAUGUGGAGGAAUACCUGGUGGAUAUCAGUGAGACGUUUCAAAGCCAGGAGUCACGGGCUCAAGAUUUAGAGUUUGAGAUUCGAUGCCUUGAAGAUGACUUUUUCCGUCUGCAGAAGGAGACAGAGCAGACAACCACAGGGUAUGAAUUUGGAGUGAAAGUCUUUGCGGUGUGUGCUGUUGUCGCCUUUGCCGCUGUUGCCAUUCCUGCCCUAGCAACAGCCGGUGGAGCAGCAGCAGCUGGAACUGCUGCGGCUGAGGGGGCAGCUUUGACAGUGGGAGGCGCAACUGUUGCUGAGGGGGCUGCUGUAGCAGCAGGAACUGCAGCGGUAGCCGAAGGGGCUGCCUUUACUGCAGGAACUGCGGCAGCAGUUGAAGGGGCUGCUGUGGCGGCAGGCACUGCGGCAGCAGUUGAAGGAGCAGCAGUUGCCGGUAUCAGUGCUGAGGCUGUGGCUGUUCUUUCAGGGGGUGCAGCACUUGCGCUCAAAGGUGGCGCAGAUGGCUGCCGUCAACUAGGGGAGUUUCUAGAUCGUCAGCAACAUUCCGUUUCAGAGCAUCGGGGGUUUGUGAAGCAGCUUGAGACCGAAAUUGAUGUGAUGAAAGAUGAUGUUUCCAAGCUUGAGAAGCGUUUAAAUAGAGCCAAUGAUGCUAUUGAAGAUGAUGAUAUCGAGGACGCUGCUCGUAUAUGUGGCCGUUUGGCUGGGCGGCUGAGUGUCUUCCUGGCAUGGCGAGCUCACGAGCGCAAGGGCGACGCCCGCUUUGAUGGUGUGAAGGAUAAGUUUGGCAGAUUCCUGGUCUUCUGGAUCGUGCAGGGCAUGUGGGUGAUGUUGAUCUCCAUGCCGAACCUUUUCAUCAAUUCGUCCAGCGCGAGCAGGCCCCUCAACUGGUUCGACUGGCUUCUCGUAGCUGGUUUCGCCUAUGCAGUUGUCAUCGAAAUCCUGGCGGACAUCCAGACGCCUGGGACUCUCCAGUCUCCGCUUUGGGGUACUUUGGAAUGCUAA